CGAACUGCACCAAACCCAAACUCUUAAUAUUUUGAAGCGAAAGAACUUCUGUACUCGUCUCGCCCUGGAUGUACUCUCCUUCUAGAUCUUUGCGCUCUUCCACCUCUCUAGACCACCAUGUCCGAUCCUCCGCGCCGAAGACGUUCGUCGUUUGCCUAUGACCCUGCCAGAGACACUUUCAAGGAAAUCCCUGACACAAGAGUGGAAGAAGCUAUUGCAGAGGAAGAACCUGAGAACCCGAGAAAGCGCGGGAGGACAGCCUCACCUGCAAGAGAAGGCAAGGAUGGAGGCCAAAUGAACAGUGUUCAGGGAACCUCUCCAAAUUCGAAGAAGCAACCCAUUGCCUUGUCCCCCGCCAGACAAGAUCGCAAGUCACCACGGCCCGCUAUGAACGGAACUCGUCAUGAUAAACCCGCACCAAGAACGCCAGCUGAUCUUCCACGCAUACCACGCAAACCGAGAGAAGAAGGCGAAGUGUCUACGUCACGUCCUACGCCCACAGCGUUCAGUAGACGGCGCGAACCAGAGGACCGAAGAAGCAGACCGAGAUCACGGUCUCCUCGCCGCCGUUCGCCUUCCCAUAUCUACCGCGGCCGAUCACCGCCCCGAGAACGUCGCAAAUCUCCUUCACCUAUCCGUGAUUCCCCACCUCGGGAGAUCAUUCGUCCAGGCGGAGCUCGUCGCGGACAAGGACGCAAUGUCUUGGCUGAGAUGGAGCGUCUUCAUGCUGAACGGCAAAAGCAAGCUGAAGCCCAAAGAGUAGAACACAAUCGGGGUGUUCAAGAAGUGUCAAAUCAGUUCUACAAUGCGCGACCUGAGUGGGUGAAAGAACGUGGGCGCGACUGGCGUAGAAACGAGUCGCAAAUCAAGGGUCUACGCAGCUUCAACAACUGGGUCAAGUCAUGUCUGAUUCACAAAUUCAGCCCGGUGGAGAAACAGGAGGUCGAAGAAUUAGGAUGGGGGGAAGAGGCGAAACAGCCGGAAGAACAAAAGCCUCUGCUCGUUCUUGACCUCGGAUGUGGAAAGGGAGGAGACCUAGGCAAAUGGCAGCUUGCUCCUCAAGUCGUUGGACUCUACGUCGGUCUUGACCCGGCCGAAACGAGCAUUUCUCAAGCACGCGAGCGAUAUCAACAAAUGCGGCGAGGCCGUCGACCCAUCUUUGACGCUCGCUUCGUUCCACAAGACUGCUUUGGUGCCUGGAUUGGUGAUGUCGGCAUUGUCCGGGAAGUAGGCAUUGAUCCGAAUGCUGGCAAUGGACAACCGAGCCGCUGGGGUGGCGGAGGGUUUGAUGUGGUGGCGGCCAUGUUCUGCAUGCACUAUGCAUUCGAGUCAGAAGAGAAGGUGAAAAUGAUGCUACGCAACGUGGCAGGAUCGCUAAAGAAAGGUGGACGAUUCAUUGGCGUCGUGCCGAACAGCGACGUCUGCGCCGAGCAUAUCCGGGCUUGGUUCGCUGACAAGGAAGCGAAGAAGACCAAUGGCCACAACGGCGUGCAAAAGGAAGAAGGCGAGGCAGAAGACGAGGAUGGUCCGUCUUGGGGCAAUUCAAUCUACAACGUCCGGUUUCCAUUAGAUCCCGUGCGUCCGUUGCAACCGGAUGGAUCGUUUCGGCCACCCUUCUCGUGGAAGUACACGUACUGGAUGGCUGAGGCGGUGGAUGUGCCUGAAUUUGUGGUCCCCUGGGAGGCAUUCCGCGCAAUUGCAGAGUCUUAUAACCUCGAGCAGAGGUAUAGAAAGCCAUUCUUGGAUGUGUGGGAGGGCGAGCAGGGUAAUCGAGAGUUGAUGGCUCUCGCGUCAAGGAUGGGCGUGACAAGGUAUGAGGGGGGGGAUUUGCUGCUGAGUCCUGAGGAGAGGGAAGCUGUUGGGUUCUAUCAUGCUUUUUGCUUCGUCAAGGUCUGAUUGGCGAGCAUGAAGAGACGAGGGAAGCCAGGCCAGCUUAUCCACGACGUCAGGAAGCGUGCAAUUGGGAUCUCGCAGAGGCUUUUCCAUAGUCAUGAGAGUUUGUAUGACAAUCAAUAAUAUCAAAAGGGUCUGGUCUGCACGAGAUGGC